AUGUCUAUACCAUCAGUAACUGAAAAUGAAGAGGAAAUUGAAUCAAAGAUUGAAAAGGAUUUUGAGAGUUCUCUAAAGAGAUUCGGUGUUUCUGAUUCAAGUAUUAAUCAUUUUAUGAAUGGUGAUGGAAUGUUAUUCACUAGAUCACAACCAACUAAAGAAGAAUUAGAACAACACAAACAGGCACUAGAUAAACAAGGUGAUUAUUUCUUGAUGGAUAUAAAAUUAAGUAAUAAUCAUAAUCAUCAUAACAAUAAUAAAAGUGUCAAAGUAAAAGAAGAAUAUUUAAAUAGUUUAAUAAUAAGCAGUAAUAGCAAAAAUGUUGAUAAUAACAAUGAAAAUCAUUUGUUAGUUAAUUUUUCACAUUUAUUACUUCAAAAGAUAAUUAAUGAAUUUGAGAGUAAUCUCGAUAGGAUUGUAUUCACUCUGAUUUGUAAACGAUGGUACGAUCAGAGGAAUAAGAUAUUGACAUUCAACAAAGAUCGAUUGUUGAUCACCUGUAAUGUCGAUGCUCUCUACAAAUUCCAAAUGAAAUCAUACCUAAACCUAUUCCGACAAUCAUUAGUACAGAACGACAUCAAUAGAAAAUCAUCUACUCUUGGUAUCAAUUGUUCGAGAUUAGAUUUAGUUGGUUAUGAUUAUUAUGUUUUAAUAGAUUCUAAUGAUGAAAUAGAGAAAAUAAAGAUACCUAGUGAUGUUAGAAAACUUUGUUUUUCCAAUUUCUUUAAUGAUUCACUUGCUCAUUGGAAAGGCUUAAUAGAGCGGACAAACAUUACGUCGUUGGAGGUUGGAUUUGAAUUUAAUCAACCGAUUAGACCUGGAACACUUCCGUCGAAUCUCAGAGAGUUCGUUUCAAAUUUGGAAGAUGAGUUCUAUUACGACCACACCUAUAUACCGGAGAAAGGAUUGUCUUUCUUCCCGAUGACUCUACAUACGAUUGAAGCACCGGCCACUUGGCUAUCAUUGUUGAAACGAUUGCCAUCUCUCCAAACAUUGUUAAUGGAUCGUGAGAAUCAACCGGCGCUAACAAUGUCAGACUUUCCAGAUACUCUGACCGAGCUUGAUUUCAAUGGCAAUUGUUACGCUCUCAAUCCUCAGGUUAUCCCGUUGUCGAUAAGACAUCUUAAUCUCUCAGGCUGUAAAUAUUCGUUGGAAACGAUCGAUCCUGACACCCAAGAGAGAACACUAUUCUUCUCGGAGCACGCCAAUUUCGAAACACUCGAUCUCGGUCGUGGAGUUGUCGAUAACACCAUCCUACCAGGACAACUCCCUAAGCGAAUUCGCAAGUUGGUGAUGAAUAGCUAUCGUGAUACGUUGCAGCCAGGAUCUAUUCCCGAUGGCGUUGAAAUAUUGGAGAUGGGUACACCACUCGGUUUCAAAGCGGGCAUCGUUCCAGCGAGUGUCAGAGAAUUGACAUUGAACUCUGAACACUCGAAACAACCGCUGGUCGGCGGUGCCAUUCCAAACACUGUCGAAAAGUUAAAGUUGGUCUAUUAUACACAGAGGAUAGGCGAGAGAGUACUACCAGACUCCAUUAAACAUCUAGAUAUAACAACCGAACUUUUAAAACUCAAUAAGAUCGAUGAUUUCGUUCCGAUGACAACUUCAACCAUAUUCAUCAGAGGUCUGCAUGCCCAGUAUGAACUAAGAAGACUUGAUAGCCAUCAAUUUAUAUUAAUGGAGACCUUUAAAAAGGCAAUCAAUUUAGGAAUUAUUCAAUCGGAUCACUUCAACUAUUUAUGUGGACCAACGAAAACAGGUAGUUUAGAAUUGUCGAAAGAACAUGUCAAUGCACUUAAAUCGAUAGUUAGGCAAUCGAAUCUCUAUGUUAAAUGUGCACAUGAUCUAUGUAUGGAGAAGUUAGCAUCUAAACAUUGUCAGGUUAGAUUGUCAGCAUUGAAUAUCAUCAAUGAAUUGUUUAUGAGAUCGAAAUACUUUAGAGAGUUGUUGUGUGAACAGCUUACGGUGUUGUUUGAGAAUGCCGUUGGAACCGACGCAACGAAACCAUUGCCACCGCCUGCACAGACCGCUCUCUUCAUGAGACCGAAAGCACUAGAGUAUAUAGAGCGUUGGUACGAAGCAUUCGGUGAACACUAUAUGCAUCUGAGAAUAGGUUAUCAUUAUCUAAAGAAUUCACUAAAGAUUCAAUUCCCAGACGUAAGAAAUCAACAAUUACAAAGAUCAAGAGCUGAAGAUGAGAGAAAAGAAAAGACACAACAACUCUUAAAGACAAAGUAUAAUCAAUUAAGAUUGGAGUUCGAUGGAAUAAGAGCAAAGAUUGAUAAGCAAUUAGAUGUUUUAGAUGGUCUUUUUGGAAAGCUGAUACCAAGUGAUUCAAACUUUGAUGAUUUAUUUAAAGAUAAUAAUGAUAAUGAAGAUGAUAAUAACAAUAAUAAUAAUAGUCAAGGUAGUAAUAAAGAAACAGCACAAUAUCAAGAUGAAAUCGUUAGAGAAGGUGGUUUUGGUAAUUUCAAUUAUGAAAUAGAGGUUACUGUAGAGAAAGAUGAUAUAGAGAAUAUAAGUAAAUCAAUUACUAUUGAUAAGAAAAUAGAGAAACAAAUGAUAGAUAAUUUAGAGGAGAUCGAGAGGAUGCAGCUUUUGAUCGUUAAUGAUUGGUAUACUACACUAAUAAAGAUAGAUUUAAGUGCACAAUCGAAUACAGAGUACAGUAACUAUCUUAGACAGGUAAUAGAUCUUCAAUCUAGAAUAAAUAAUAUCAAAUCAAGGUGUAACGAAGUUAAUAUUAAAGUACCUCCACCAAAUGAAAAGAAUAAUAAUAAUAACAAUAAUAACAAUAAUAAUGAAGCAUCAUAUAUUGAUGAUGAAGGAAAUGAAAUGGAAAUGGUAGGAGGAGAUAAUAAUAAUAAUAAUAAUGAAGAUGAUGAAUAUGCAGAUAUUGAAUUUGAACAAGUUACAUCAAACAAUGAUGAUGAUAAUAAUAAUAAUAAUAACAAUUAUAAUAAUUAUAAAAGAUCAAAAACAACAAGAACAACAACAACAACAACAACAAUUACUACAACUACUAGUACAACCAAUUCACCACCAAAGCUUCAUAAACCAUAUUUGGGUAAUGAUAUUGCACCACCGUCUGUCGAUGAGUUACCAGAUGAUGAAUCAAUAGAGGAUCUAUAUAAGAGAGCACCAGUUGUAGAGACUCAUCCAUCACUGAUGCAUUGGGGAAAGAAAGAAAUCAACUUACACAAGGGAUUGGAAGUGGAACAUAGAUUCUUGGGUGCUGCCAAUAGCGAACCGAUGGUACCUAUUUCAACUUUUGUAACACUAAACCAAAUGACUACAGUCUACGAGCCGCCUGUCGUGGUUAUCAAAGCAUGUCGCUUUCCAAUGAAGAACGGUGAGCUCUGUCCGAGAAGAGAUCUCAAGAUAUGCCCAUUCCAUGGAAAGAUUAUCGACAGAGACGAACAAGGUUAUCCAUCUAAAGAACUAAGUCAAAGCGAAAUUGAAGAAAUUAAUGCAACCAAGCCGAUAUCAAACAAAGAGAAACAAAAAGAAAAAGAAAAAGAGAAAGAAAAAGAAAAGAAAAAGAGGAAAUCAACAUCUGGAUUGGAACCACUUAAUAGAGAUCCUCUCAGGGAAAGAAUAGAUCAAUUAAGUUAUGUCUAUCUUAAUUAA